AUGCCAGGCCCCAUAACACUUCGAGUUGCCAUUAUCGGUGGCGGCAUAGCCGGACUCGCCGCAGCACGCGUCUUGCGAGAGGCUCAUGAUGUCACCAUAUACGAGCGUAACAGCCCAGAAGCGACAGAAAGCGGUGCCGCUGUCGGGCUAGGUCCAAAUGGCUCGAAAAUGGCAGCCAGGCUUGGACUUACUAUAGAGUCCUUGAAAGCCGUUGUGUCAGAUGGCUUCAGGAGUUAUGACCAGAGCGGCAACUUACUUAACGAAUCAAGAAUUGACUGCCUCCAAAGCUUUGGUUCAGAGUGGUGGAUGGUCCACCGGCAGGACCUCAAAGAUGCUUUGCUACGAGUAGCAACAGGCCUCGAUCCAGGUUUGCCUGGCCGUCCUGCCAAGAUUGUUUACAACUCUCGCGUUGUGGAAGUCAACCCUCAAGAUCAAGUUGUAAUCUUCGAGGAUGGGUCCGAGAUCAAAGCGGAUCUCAUAAUUGGUGCGGACGGCAUUCAUUCGAAGGUCCGUCGAGCCGUUGCUGGUCCGUGUAAUGCCGAAUCCACUCCCGCGAACCUUUCUCUGUACAGAUUCACCAUUAACCGAUCCAACAUGUCGGAUAUUCUCGGAGAAAUCCCGGAUGUGCUACGUUAUGACAACGGCGUCUUUUUGUCUUCAUUCAUUGCGACAGACGGGUCGAACCGAAACGUUGUUGUAUAUCCCUGUCGUAAUCUUGAAGUCAUGAACUUUGCCUGCGCUAUCCCAGACACCAUGCUCCGGCACCAGACUGAAGAGUCUUGGAGUAAAGAUGGCGAUGUAUAUGAAAUGCUCGAGAGUUUCAAGGACUUCCCACCUUGGCUCAAACAACUUAUGAAAACCUUGUUCAAUGUCAAACUCUAUCAACUGUGCGAUGCAGACCCAUUGAAUACCUAUACAAAAGAUUCGACGAUUUUGAUAGGCGAUGCGGCCCACCCUAUGGUGCCGUAUCAAGGGCAAGGAGCCAACCAAGCUUUGGAAGAUGCUGAAGCAUUCAGGAUCCUAGUUCACCCAGACUUUACCAAAGAAGUUUUGCUUGAUAAGCUGAAGCAGUGGGACCAAGUCAGAUGUACAAGAGCGUCUCAGGUUCAGCUGCAUUCAAGAGUGGCCGCAGCCAAAGUUUCUCCCGAGAUCAUAAUGCAGAGAAUGAAGUUCAACUGGACAUAUGAUGGAAUUACAUCAUCAUUGGCGGAACUUUAG